ACUAAUGUGAACUUAAAAUGAAGAACCGUUUUUCUACUAUUGACAUAUUUGCGGCCAUCAACGAGUUGAACACAUGCGUGAAGGGAAGUCGUGUUGGCAAUAUUUACGACGUGAACAAUCGAACUUAUCUGCUGAAAUUUUCAAAAGAUGAAGUGAAACGAACGCUUCUGAUUGAGAGUGGAAUUCGGUUCCAUCUAACUACAUACGAGUGGCCAAAGAGUCCCGCCCCGUCCAGUUUCUCGAUGAAGUUGAGAAAACACACGAGGAAUAAGUUUCUGAUGGAUAUCAAACAACUAGGUGUUGAUAGAAUAGUCGAUUUCCAGUUCGGGUUUAGCUCGAUACUGUAUCACGUGAUCGUCGAGUUUUACGACAGAGGAAAUAUAUUUCUAUGUGACGCUGACUACAACAUUUUGAAUGCACUGAGGCCGAGAACAGACCAGAACACAGAUGUCAAGUUCAUUGUAGGUCAGAAAUACCCGCACGAAGAAGCAAAAAAGGAGGCGCCGUUGUUGACAGAACCAUACUUGGAAGAACUGUUUUUGAAAUGUAAGCCUAGUGACCCUCUGAAGCGAGUACUCAUCCCACACACCUUGUAUGGACCAUCUUUGAUUGACCAUAGUUUGAGAGCCAUUAAUCUGUCGCCUGCAGUUAAAGUGAGUGCGUUUUCAGACACGAAAGAACUGAUUGCGAAAGUUAUGCAAGUUUUGAACUCGGCCGAAGUUAUUUUCAACGAAUUACGUAAGGCCGAGACGUACGAAGCUUUUGUGACAUAUAAAUUGGACAAAGCUAAAAUAGAAGGCGAGGAAAAAUCGGUUAAAGUUUUCCUCGAUUUCAGUCCCUACAAAUUUGAUCAUAUCCUAGACAGUCCUCAUGAAAGCUUCGCCACAUUCAACGAAGCAGUGGACUCUUUCUUCAGUCUGUUAGAAGGACAGAAAAUAGAUGCGAAGACUCUUCAGCAGGAAAAACAUAUUCUGAAGAAACUGGACAAUAUAAGAAUUGAUCACGAGCAAAGACUGAAGACGUUGGAGACGCAGCAGAUCGGGAGCAGACGAAAGGGAGAACUGAUUAAGUUAAACCUGCAGUCUGUGGAUAAAGCGCUAGCUGUGAUUAGAAGCGCACUGGCCAAUAAGAUGUCGUGGAGCGAAGUGGCAGAAAUAGUUGAGGAUGCUAAGUCCCUGAAUGACCCGGUCGCGUCUAAAAUAACACGUCUAAAAUUGGACGUGAACAAGUUUGAAAUGAAGUUAUCGGAUGAUGUUUUCAGCCAGUUCUACGACGAAGUCUCGUCCGAAAGUGAAGACGAAAAUGAAGAGAAAAACGAAGACGAUAGCGAAGUGCAUUGUGCCAUUGUGGAUAUUGACAUAGGAAAGAGUGCGUAUGCGAAUGCGAGACUGUAUUUUGACAGUGUGCGAGUUGCCACUCAGAAGGAACAGAAGACGAUUGAGGCGUCGAAGAAGGCAUUUCAGAAUGCGGAGAGAGCCACGCAGCACUCACUCAAGCAGAUCGACUUCUCCGCCAGACUCGAGAAGUUGAGGAAAAGUUACUGGUUUGAGAAGUUCCUCUGGUUCGUCAGUUCGGACAACUUCAUCGUAAUUGGAGGUCACGACCAGCAGCAGAACGAACUCCUAGUGAAGAAGUAUCUCAGCAGGGGGGACUUGUAUGUGCAUGCAGAUAUACACGGCGCCACCAGUGUCAUUGUCAAAAACCCCAAAGCAACUCCUGUGCCUCCGAGGACUCUGCAAGAGGCGGCAUCGAUGGCAGUCUGCUACAGCAGUGCGUGGGAUGCGAAGAUAUGGCAGUCUGCUUGGUGGGUGCACGCUAACCAGGUGUCCAAGACAGCCCCCAGUGGGGAGUACCUGACCACUGGAUCCUUCAUGGUCAGAGGCCGGAGGAACCAGAUAGCCCAGCCACAGUUGGUCAUGGGCUUCGGAUUCCUCUUCUGUCUGGAAGAACAGUCUAUAGCCAGACACAAGGGCGAGAGGGGACCCAAGUACACAGACCAAUUGGAUCACGAUAAUUCAGCCGGCGACAUUUCUCGUCAACAGAGCUUGCCUGGAUCUGUGUGUAGUUUCUCGGACGCAAGUCAGCAACCACCUGAAGAGAAAAGUGCAAAUGAUAAUGAUGGUGAUGAUGAUGGCGGACUGACUCAAGAACAAAUAGACGAGUUGUUUCAAAACACAUCCUCAUGCGAGGAGGAACCAAGUCCACAGGCAGAGAAGAUGGCAGAACCUAAGCCAGCUCAAGACGAUGUCCAAAAAGAUAUUUUUACUUCCGAAGCACAUGAUGGCGUGGCAGAGAGAUCAGCCAUCAAUAAGGGUCCAAAUGAAGGAGAAAAGAAGCAGAAUGGGAAGAGAGGGGAGGAGGUAGAGCCAGAUUUGAAACAGAAUGAUAUCAUCAAAGAGGGAGGCGAGGGUGGUCACGUGGGCAGUGGAGAUGAAGAAGAGGAAUUAGAGGACGAACAAAGGAGCAAGAACAUUCACCAGGUGAAGAGAGGUCAGAAGAAUAAGUUGAAGAAGAUGAAGCAGAAGUACGGGGAUCAGGACGAGGAGGAGAGACAGACGAGGAUGGCCCUGCUGGCUUCGGCUGGGCCGACCAGAGAGAAGAAGAAAAAGAAGAAAGAAGCGGCUAGGAUUGCAGCUAUCUCUGGCAAAGGCAACCACAAGAACAGAGUUAAGAGUGCACAGCCAGCUAGUAAAAUACUGUACGAUCCGAACGAGGACCCAACCAAGUCAGAUUUAAGUCUCCCUCCUCAAAGUGAACUCCAAAAUGUGAACAAAAGCAUCAAAGACGACGACGAAGAAGAUGAAGACGAGGAAGAGGAAAAUAGCAGAGUGACUCAGAACAUGCUAGAUGAGUUAACCGGAUGUCCAGUUGGAGACGAUGAACUCUUGUUCGCACUACCAGUUUGUGCUCCCUAUUCUGCCCUAUCCAACUACAAGUUCAAGGUCAAGCUCAUUCCGGGUACAGGGAAGAGGGGAAAGGUAGUGAAGACAGCACUGCACAUGUUUAGUAAUAUGAAGGAAACCCAACCUUACGAGAAGACUUUAUUCAAUGCGGUCAAAGACGGAGAACUCACUCGAAAUGUGCCGGGGAAUGUUAAACUUUCUGCUCCUAAUUUAAACAGAAACAAUAAAAAGAAUUAAACCCUAAACAGAAAAAUAAAAUGUUAUAUGACUCAGGUCGUUAUUUAGUUGAACAAAUUCAUUUUUUUUUGAAAACUUA